GGAAUCUCUCUGUCGCGCGCUCUCUCUCGCUCUCACUCUCUCCAAUGGCGACGGAUCUGGGGAAGAGGGCGAAGGAGGCCUUCGUCGACGACAACUUCGACCUCGCCCUGGAUCUCUACACCCAGGCCUUGGAUCUGGAAUCCGGCAACGCCGAUAUCUUAGCCGAUCGCGCCCAGGCCAAUCUCAAGCUCGGAAACUUCACCGAAGCUGUUGCAGAUGCAAAUAGGGCUAUAGAGCUUGAUCCUUCAAUGACUAAAGCUUAUUUGCGCAAGGGUAUUGCUUGUAUCAAGCUUGAAGAGUUUCAGACUGCAAAGACAACUCUCGAAGCAGGUGUUCUGUUAGCAUCUGGUGACUCAAGAUUCACCAAAUUGAUCAAUGAAUGUGAUUACUUUAUUGCAGAGGAGACAAAUGGUUUGCGAAAGGAAGUAAGGCGCAAUGUUUUACCAAUUACAUCAUCCCCUUCAUCAAAUAGAACUACUACUGAAGUUGUCAAUGGUUCUCAGUCCACCCCUGUUUUACCAGAUUUGGUCAAGGAAGUGGCAAACAAACCAAAGUACAGGCAUGACUACUAUAAUACUCCAACAGAGGUGGUCUUGACCAUUUUUGCCAAGGGCAUUCCUGCUAAAAAUGUGUCUGUUGAUUUUGGGGAACAAAUAUUGAGUGUUAUCAUAGAUAUAGCUGGGAAGGAACAGUAUAAUCUUCAACCUCGUUUAUUUGGAAAGAUUAUACCAGAGAAGUGCAGGUUUGAAGUGUUGCCCUCAAAAGUUGAAAUCCGUCUUUUAAAAGCUGAAGCAAUUACUUGGACUUCAUUAGAGUUCAGUGACAAGAAAACAGUUCCCCAAAAGAUUAAUACGUUGCCAGCUUCUAAAGAGCAGAGACCGUCAUAUCCAUCCUCAAAAUCCAAAAUUGAUUGGGACAAACUGGAAGCACAAGUAAAGAAGGAGGAAAAAGAGGAGAAACUAGACAGCGAUGCUUCACUGAACAAAUUCUUCCAGGACAUUUACCAAGAUUAUGAUGACGACGUAAGACGAGCAAUGGCCAAAUCCUUUGUUGAAUCAAAUGGCACGGUGCUGUCCACAAACUGGAACGAGGUUGGUUCCAAGAAAAUGGAGAGUACUCCACCCGAUGGUAUGGAUUUGAAGAAAUGGGAGUACUGAUCUCUGUUCUUCUCAGUCUUGGUCGCCUCAGAAAGAACUGAACAUUUCUAUUUCAUGAGCAUGAUUAUGUGAUUGUAUUGUUCUACUUUGGACCAGCUUUGCUUUCGAUGCUUAAUUCUUGUUUCGGUUAGUGUGUGAAGACAUGAACGCUCCUUUGUGCUUUACGUUUGGAUCGAGAUAGCCAGUUCGAAAUGCUUGUCCUUUUC